AUUGUAAACCAAAAUGUAUUCCGCAAACAUCAUCAAUGACGGCGAUUUUACAAGAACCAUUUACACAUUGAUUAAAGAAAAUAAGUUCGUUGAAGCUAUUAAAAUACUGCACGGAAUAACAGAGUCUAAUUCGACCAGGGCAGGACUGUCCCUUCUAGCAUAUUGUUAUUUUUAUAUUCAGGAUUUUGUGAAGGCAGCAAAUUAUUAUGAGAAGCUCACAAAUUUAUAUCCCGAUAAUGAUGAUUAUAAAUUGUACCAUGCUCAAGCUCUUUAUCAAGCUUGCAUGUACGAAGAAUCUUAUCAAGCUUGUAAUAAACUGGCAGACUCUCCCGAUUACAACGAGAGAGUUGUUAAACUGCAAGCAGCCAUAAAAUACAGCCAAGAGGAUGUUUUAUCUGCCAAAAAUCUAGUCGAAGCCUCGAGUCCAAGUGACCCAGACAGAGAUGUUAAUUUGGGUUGUCUCUUGUAUAAAGAUGGCAACUAUGAAGAAGCAUUAGAAAAAUUCACUAGUGCUCUCCAAAAUCAAGGAUUUGUACCAUCAUUGGCGUACAACGCUGCUCUAUGCUACUAUAGACUUAAGGAAUACGGGCCUUCUCUAAAAUAUUGUGCUGAUAUAAUAGAAAAAGGCAUAAGAGAUCAUCCUGAACUUAGCAUUGGAAUGCAAACAGAAGGUAUAGAAGUACGAUCAGUAGGAAACACUCUAACAUUGCACGAAACAUCAUUAACAGAAGCGUUCAAUCUUAAGGCAGCCAUCGAAUACCAACUUAAAAAUUGUAAUAAAAAUAAAAAAAUUUGGUUUGCAAAAUAUUUAAUCGUAUCUGUUUUAGUCGAUUCUGCUAAAGAGGCUUUAACAGAUAUGCCACCAAGAGCGGAAUAUGAGCUGGACGCUGUAACUCUUCAUAAUCAGGCGCUAAUGAAUUUUGACCAGAAUCCUACUGAAGGGUUUGAAAAAUUACAAUUUUUACUUCAACAAAAUCCAUUUCCGCCGGAAACAUUUGCUAAUAUUCUUUUAUUAUAUUGCCAACACGAAUGUUAUGACUUGGCCGCAGACAUUCUGGCUGAAAAUGCUCAUCUUACAUAUAAAUAUUUAACACCAUAUAUGUAUGAAUUUUUGGACGCUCUAAUAACUCAACAAACCUCACCAACAGACGCCUACCAAAAAUUGGACGAGUUAGCAAGUCGUCACACAGAGCAACUCAGAAAACUGACAAAGCAAGUACAGGAACAUAGAAAUAGAAACGAUACGGAGUUGAUAAAAAAAACUGUUAUGGAUUAUGAAGAAUGCUUGGAAAGGUAUAUACCUGUAUUAAUGGCUCAAGCUAAAAUUUAUUGGGAUUUAAAAAAUUAUCCGCAAGUAGAAAAAAUAUUUCGCAAAAGCGCCGAAUUCUGUAACGAGAAUGAUAUUUGGAGACUUAAUGUAGCUCACGUUCUCUUCAUGGAAGAAAAUAAAUUUAAGGAAGCUACCGGAUUUUAUGAACCGUUGGUUAAAAAGAACUACGCAGAUAUAUUAAGCAUAAAUCCCAUAAUACUAGCAAAUCUGUGCGUUUCUUAUAUAAUGACCUCACAAAAUGAAGCAGCAGAAGACUUGAUGAGGAAAAUUGAAAAGGAAGAGGAUACAAUCGGUUUUGAAGAACCUGAAAAAAAGUGUUUUCAUCAUUGCAUUGUCAACCUAGUUAUAGGGACCCUUUAUUGUUCUAAAGGAAAUUAUGAAUUUGGAAUAUCAAGAGUGAUAAAAUCUCUAGAACCGUACGAUAAAAAACUAGGCACCGAUACAUGGUAUUAUGUUAAGAUUUGUUUUUGCAGUCUGAUCGAAAAUCUUGCCAAACAUAUGAUUGUUUUAAAAGAUAGUAUUAUUGAAGAAUGCAUUAAUUUUUUGGAAAGUUGUGAAUUUUAUGGAAAGACUGUCAGAACAGUGGUAUAUAAUUCUUUCUUAGAAGCUAACGAAGUACCCAAUGGAAAAGAGACUGUUACAUAUGAAGCCAGAAAAAUAAAAUGCCUCCUAAUUCGAUUAUUCAAUGUGGAAUCAUAAUGAAUAUUCAUAAAUAUUCAAUGAUUGAAAGAAAUAUUUUUCUGCUCUGUAUAUGUAGAUACAAAUUAUAGCAAGUAGUGUUUGAUAUAAAUUAGAAUGAGAUACGUUUAAAUAAAUAGGUAUAU